AUGUAUUUUGCCUUACUAUUCUCCUUUUUGGCGUUUGCCAACUUCGCCACUCCUCAAAGCUGGUCUAUCUUUGACAGUUAUAACCAGGAGUGGAGCUCCAUCCAUUGGGAUGUCUGCAUAGUUGGUGGUGGAUCCAGCGGGAUUUAUGCUGCCGUAUCACUCAAAGAUUCCGGCAAGACUGUCGUAGUGGUAGAGCGCAAUAAUUACCUUGGGGGACACGCACAUACCUACUUCAAAUCGAAUACGCCCGUGGAUUUUGGCGUGGUUAUUUUCCAGCCAAUCCCAGAGGUAACCAGGUGGGUGUUUCUUUCUUGCUAUCAUUGUCUUGAGAGAGUUGUGACAGCUUUUCUAGUUACCCAACGAUCGAAAUGCUCUAUAUCAUCACAGGAAAUAGCCAUGCUAACUUUGAGAUCUCGUAUAGCUAUUUUGAAAGAUUCAGCGUUCGGAUGCUCAACCUGAGAUCGCCAGAAGUAAUACCAAAUAUUCCAGGGCAUCCAGCAAACAAAUCCCUUCCAGCUGUUCUUUACGCCACAAAUUAUGAAUCGCGAGAUUUCCGAGAUGGGUCAAAAGUCAAUCCUACUGCGUUUUCUGAUACGGAAGUCAGCGCCGCUUUCGCCAUGACCACGAACCUUUUAGCAAACUACAAGUACCUGCUUCAUGGAUACGAUCUGCCUGAUCCCGUCCCAGAAGACCUCUACCUUCCAUAUGGAGCAUUUGUCAAAAAAUAUCACCUUGCAGCUGCUUUCCCCAAGUUGUUCCACUGGGCUGGGGGAUUGGGGGAUGUGUUCCACCUUCCCGCAAAUUACGUGCUCAAAUACUUCAAUGCGGAAGUCAUCCUCUAUGCCUUCAAGCUUGGCCACAUAACACCAGCUUCGUAUGUAACUUUUGCAAAUUCCCCUUUCUCUAACUCUUAACCUUCCUCGCCAAAGGAAGCUUCAUACACGAUCGCUGCUGCUCUCAGCUCCUUAUCUUUCAAGCAAGAUAUAUGCUAACUUGCUAUAGUGGUAGCACCCAUGAACUCUACUCCAAAGCAGGAGAUUUCAUCGGCGCAGACAAUAUCCUCCUUGAUUCCAAUGUGAUAGCCACCAACCGAAAAGCCUCAUCAUCAACGGGAACCGCCGAACUCCUCGUCUCAACGAAAGACUCAGGCUUGAAGUUGCUCAACUGCAAGAAAAUCCUUCUCACCAUCCCCCCCACCCUCACAAACCUUCGCGGCUGGGAUCUAACCCCUGCAGAGCAUUCAGUCUUCUCCCAAUUCACAACCUCAAACGGUUACUGGACUGGCUUAGUCACAAACGUUGGUCUGAACCAAACAGUAGCAAUUCUUAACAAUGCGGCACACACACCUGGAAACGUCCCGAUUUUCCCAGCACUGUACGAACUUCAACCCGUCGGCGUUCUCGAUGACGUGUGGUACAUCAAAUUUGGCGCCAACAAUCCCACGAUGACUACGGAGCAAGUAAAGUCAUACGUGGAGAGCGAGAUUGCGAUCCUGCAGAAGGCAUAUAACGUCCCCGUCACCAAACCGGAGUGGUUGAUGGAUUCUCACACCCCUUUCCACUUACAAGUCUCCCCCGAGGCGAUCAAAAAUGGGUUCUACAAUGAGUUACAGAAACUUCAAGGUGGUUUGGGUGGAACUAUGUUCUAUAGUGGUGCAGCUUUCCAUACGCAAGCCAGUUCGCUGUUGUGGAGAUUCAACAAGGAGGUAGUACUUCCAAUGAUGAUGAAAAGUUUCUGA